UAAAAGAAGAGUAGGACUUAUUCCAAACCGGUGGCAGAAGGAAUACCGUUCGGUCAACAGCACUAGUGCCAAAAAGUUUUAGUAAAGUGGACGAUGGCUACUAGAUACGAGCUGUUAGUGUGUUUUGUAUUGGUCACUCUAAGUUCUACAGUUUUUGCUUCAACAUCCAGUUAUCCAGAUGAAAAUCGCUUAUCUGCAGAAGAUGAAAACGACGCGAGGGAAGAUUAUCCCGAUUUGGAUGAUUUGAGUUCUUUCUUCGACUUCGAUCUCGUUCCUUCCAAAGAAGCAGGAAGUAACCGGAAGCGACCUGUGAGACUCCGGCCUAAUCUAAGCAAGCAUUACUAUUACUACAAAGCAACAGAUUCUUUCUACAGAGGCGACUCUCCUCCUCAAGACAAAGGCAAGCAAGUGGUAACAUUAGGCUCACAUUACAAACCUGAGAGCGAACCAGAAACCACUUCAUCGGAGCAAAGUGCCAAUGAUUCGAAAGAAGCUGUUAACAGAUUUGUUAUGGGUAAUUACCAAGUUUCAGUUGUGGACGCCAACAGUCCAGUCCUCUCUAAACUAGGACUGAAUAAAGAAGAUUUGGAUAAAUUAUCUGUCUUGACCAAGCGCAGCGCUAAUACCAAUAUCAUGGGAUCAGACUCAGUACACUCGCCAACAUAUGCAGAGAAUCCUCGAACUGAUUACAAUCACCCUACCUAUUCCCAUCCACCACCAUCCUAUGACACAUCAAGGUAUACACACCACUCUCCUCCUGAGCGACAUCACAGACAGGGUGAAUAUUACCCAGAAGACAAGCCAUCUUAUUCUCAUGGCCACAAUCCUCCUUCAUAUUCCUAUCAACCCUCGUCCCACUCCAGUCCUCCUCCGCAAGGAUCAUACGAUCCUAAAAGUUACAAAGUAGUUCGUAACCCUCCUCAUCGCGGUCCAAGCGGUUACAAUCAUCCACCUCCACGUUACGAUUCAUAUCCUCCACCAACCUCACAUACUCCAAAAAGAGGAUCCAGCGAGUCGUGGAAGCCUCGUGUAACGACUCAUACUGAUUGGGAUGAUAAAGAUAGAAGGCAAGAAUACCAGGAAUCUGACUCCUAUCCUCCUCAUCCUUUACCAUUACCACACAGAGAACCAACCUCUAAUUCAGUUCCUUAUUCAAAACCAGCCUACAGUUCCGAUUCUUCUUCAGACAAACAUGGUUAUCACCACCCUUCCUCCUACAGUAAGCCCAAGACAACUUAUGGUCCCUCAUCUUCUAGUUCCGGUGACUACCAUGCUUAUAAGCCAAGUUAUCAAUCUUCUCCGAAUUACUCCACUUCAAAAUCAACUCCAUCAAGAGCUGGAUCUGCUGAAUAUCCUUCCUCAUCAUAUCACAGUCAUCACGAACCUUCAAAGCCGGCUGGAAUCACAAUAAAAUUCAAAGGAAAAGCUCCGGGAGGACACAGUGGAUUGAAUAUACCUCUAAGUUUCAGUCCUUUUGACGUUGCUAAAAAGUUAUUGCCACAACUGAAUCCCUUGAACAAUAAAAAAAUCACCAUUGGAAUAACUAUUGAGAACAAGGAAAAGCAGCACCAUGGUUAUCAUGCCUAUUAA